UGCGACAUGAUUUUUGAAGGAGAAUUAGCUAAUUAUUAGGGUUGUUAAUCAUUUAACGCAGAAAUCGCGACGUUGGAGACAGAGAGAUACAGUUCAUGAUCAGAUAUUACUGAUUUACAUACUCCAGACUGGCCAUGGUGAAAGAUAACUUUGUACAGACAUUUCUGGAGUCUCGUCUGACCACACUCCAUAACACCAGUGCUCCUUCCGUGACAAAUUACAAACUUAAAGUUAUCUCCUUCGUUGUUGCUGCAUUCCUCAUCUCUCUUCUACCCAUUCUCCACAUAGGGGUAUUUUAUGCUCAGAUCUGGGUUCCACAGAAAGGCUACAUUGACAGAAGGACCUGUAGAAACACCUGUUUUGAUACCAUCUUUAGAGGUUCAUAUGAAAACCCAGGAGAAACUACUUAUAAGCAUGUAUAUUUCAAUGCUACCUGGCAAACCUCUCGUAUUUGGAUAUUUACGGUGGUGUUUAUCCUGUUGGCGUAUGAAAGUAUUAAAUAUCUCAUCCCCCUUGUGCGGCGUCGUGGUUUAAGGGGCAGCAUGUUUGCCCUGUACCUGAUUAAUUUGUACCCUCACUACUAUUCCUGGUGGUCUUACUUCAGCUAUUACAAUGAAGACUUCUAUAACUAUUUCAAACAUCACUUCAUGUUCACGGUGACUGAAAUCAUUGCCACCUGUAUUGUGUUGAACCUCUGUGAUAGAAGGAAUGAGGUCGUGUCAUGGAAGGUGCUGGCCAUCGUUAGCAUUAAUUUGAUGCACAUAUUAGUGAGUGGAGUGGAUCAGUUUGUCAGUCAUGUUAUUCAGGGGAAGGGAACUAGUUUUCAGAAUGCUCGUGACAUUGGGCUGAUGAUUCCAGAUUCUCUCCACCUUAUCAUUCCACUUUGGCAGCUAAUGAAAUCAGCUAAGGAUAAAGAUGUCAGAAUUAAGGAUUUGUGCAGCAAAGAAGAAAUUAUCAUGAGUAUUGUUUUUAUUUGUUUGUUUACCCUUCUGGGUAGAGUCAUGUAAAAUUAAGCCAUCUGCUACAUCAUCAUCAAAAUUUGAGUUUGUCCUUUGAAAGAAAUCAAUAUCAAACAUAGAAACAUUAGCCAAGGUGUAUUUUUAAUUUGAAUUCUAUAAUGGUAACUAUAUUUUUUCUACUUUAUUAUUAUGAAUUUUUAUCAAAAACUUGUAUAUUUUUAUCAUAAUUCAUGUGCCAUGUACAAGUACAUCAUUAUGACUUGAUUCGGUUGCUAUAAAUGGCAUUGUUCCAUAUGUUAAUAUAUGCACAUAAUAUAAAGAGAAUGUAUAUUUUGAUUGAAUAUUUUGGCAUAGUGCAAUUUUUUGAUUAUACAUGUACAUAUAAUUCUGUAUACUUUGUUAUAACGGUUGCUUUCUGCAAUAUGUUUAUCUAAUACAUGUAUUUCAGAUGAAUUGUUAAUUGUUAUAUAAGAGUUAUUCCUCUUGGUAAAUUCUUGCUUUAUAGUUGGAGGUGGUUUCUUUUGAACUAUAUUCAGAGCCUUGUGUUCCAAUUUUGUAUUCAAGAAAUAAAAAAUUUCCUCAUGUAAA